GCGAGAAUUCCCACCUGAAAGGGUGGUUUUCGGCAUCUCCUCCGCGUUCUAACACUAUCCGGCGCCUGUUCACCCCUUCGCACCGCUCAGGGGAUGCGACAGAGUCGUGCUAAAGCCUCGUGACAGCAGCGUGAGUAGUGUUUUGCGUGAGUGAGUGCUGAAAGAGUGAGUCAUUCUGUGAUGUGAAAAAAAAAUUUCAUCACUCAACAAGAGUGUGAAAUUGUUCUUUUGUGUGGCCUUUUUAUCGGAGGAAUUGUUUAACUCUUCAGCGCCUUAAAUCGCAUGAGAAGUUCUGUUGUGUUGUAAUUGGUCUGUGGGGCGCGCGCGAUAAGGAAACCCACUGCCAGUCCGUGAUAUCGUUCGAUAUUUGUUGAGAGUCAACAAACAAUUUUCGGAGACAUUUUCAUGUCUUCUGCUCAUGUUGUGCGAAAACUGUGAUUUUCCGCCGGAUUUUCCCUUGUCUGGGGCAUUGAAAUGUGCUCAGCAUGAGUCCGCGAGCGCCUAAGAGGAUCAUCCCGAACAAGAUCUUCAUUCUGUGUCGCGUGCAGUGAGACAAAGAGCGUCCGAAGAAGCGCCCAAAGAAUGACGAUCACGUACACGGGCGAAGUCGCGACGUGCCGAGGAUUCGGCUGCUUUCUCAAGCUUCUGCUCAGAUGGCGCGGAAGCAUCUACAAACUUGUGUGGCUGGAUUUGGUGGCAUUUCUCUCAAUUUACUACACUCUUAGCAUAAUUUACCGAUUGAUCCUCACUGCACCGCAGAAAAUCGUGUUUGAGUCUCUGGUGAACUACUGUUCGGCCUACACAAAUCUCAUUCCGCUGUCCUUCGUGCUGGGCUUCUACGUGUCCAUCGUGAUGACGCGCUGGUGGAGUCAGUACACCAGCAUUCCCUGGCCAGAUCCCAUCGCCGUCUUCGUCAGUGCCAACAUUCACGGCCAGGACGAGCGCGGACGCGUGAUGCGACGAACUGUGAUGCGCUAUGUGUGUCUGUGCCUCACGAUGGUGCUGACGAUGAUCUCGCCGCGCGUGAAGCGGCGCUUCCCCACGCUGGAUCACCUGGUGGAGGCGGGCUUGCUGGUGGAGAGUGAGCGCGUGAUUAUGGCGGAUCUGAACUCGCGCUUUCCGCGCCACUCAAAGCACUGGAUGCCGAUCGUGUGGGCGGCCAGCAUUGUCACGCGUGCGCGCAAGGAGGGCCGAAUCCGCGAUGAUUUCGCCGUGAAGACGGUGAUUGACGAGCUGAACAAGUUCCGCGGCCAGUGCGGCAUGCUGAUCUCCUACGACACCAUCAGCGUGCCACUCGUGUACACGCAGGUCGUCACGCUGGCCGUGUACUCCUACUUCAUCGCGUCCAUCAUGGCCAGCCAGUGGUACGAGGACAAGAAGGUGGAGGACGGCAAUCUCAACAAGAUCGACCUCUACUUCCCCGUCUUCUCCACGCUGCAGUUCUUCUUCUACAUGGGAUGGCUCAAGGUAGCGGAGUCGCUGAUCAAUCCGUUCGGCGAGGACGAUGACGACUUCGAGGUGAACUGGCUGGUGGACAGGAAUCUGCAGGUAUCGUACAUGAUCGUGGACGAGAUGCACCACGAUCAUCCGGAGCUGAUCCGCGACCAGUACUGGGACGAGGUGUUCCCGGCCGAGCUACCGUACACCGUGGGUGCGGAGCAGUUCCGCGAGGAGCAUCCGCAGCCGUCCACGGCCAACAUGGCCAUCCCCAAGGCGGCGGCCGAGGUGAUUCCCGUGGUGCCGUCGAAGGUGAAAGUGGACGAAAUGGUCGGUAAAGCAGCCGCCCAGGCGGUCAGUUACAGAUUCCCUGAUCACGUUGACAGCGAGAUCUUCGACGACAACGCCAGCGGCAUCCACUUCACGGCCGGCAAGCGCCAGGAGCAGGGCCACGGCUCCAUGACGAGCGUGCACAGUUCGGUGGGCGGAAGCAUGAAGCGCGUCAACACCGUUGCCUCGGCGCUGAAGCGCUUCUUCAGCAAGGAGGACGGCAGCGCGCGGCCUGGCGUCGAGUCGGGGCGCAUUCCCAGCUCGCCCAGCGCCGCCAGCCUGUCCGGCAGCCAGCGAAUCGUGGCGCCGCCGGCGGGCGGCAGCGUGCGCAUCGCCGAUCAGGUGAUCGAGGAGGUGGACGAGCAGCAGACGAUCACGUCCAUGAAGGGACAGCCGGAGGUGCGGCCCACGGCGGCCAGCCUCUUCGCCACGGGUCCGCCGGCGCCCAGUGCGCCCGUGGACGUGCCGCGCACGGGCAUUCAGCCGUACACGCGGACACAGUCCGCAGUGGCGCACGGAUACGAAGUGACUGGCUUGGAUGCGCUGUUCAGCACAUCGGCGCCCACGGACACUUACCGGCCGCCGUCGCCGCCGGGUCUGGAUGAGGGCGACAAGCAGCGCAGCGAGAGCAAGGAGAGCGCCGUGAGCGAGGCGUCGGGACGGCAAGUGGAGGCUGACGAUGAGUUCGAGAAGCUGCGCGCGGCGCGCGAGAAGGAGCGCCUGGAGAGGAAGAAGCAGGUGAUCGCGCGGUCGAUCAGCUCGACGCAGCAGGCGAGCGCCGCGGCGGAUGUGGAGCAAAUGCUGGAGCAUUUGGUGACGCAGAGCGUGGCCAAGGCGGAGAAUCCCUGAGAUUUGCAUCGGUCGGGCAUUUGGAUCACGUGCACGACCGCCAGCGAUGAGUCCCUCGUGGAUCUGUGAGAAGCCUUUAGCACUGCGCAAGGCGUGUUCGAGGGGCUCUCGAAGAGUCCCCAAAUUCAACAAUUAUAGUAUUAUUUGUAAUUUUCUAAUGACGAAGAAUUUAAGACAGACGCUUUGAGAUCACACAGACAGGAAACUAUCUCUAGACGUAUUGCUAAAAAAAGAAAUUGUGUUAGUGAAGAGAAAGUGAAGUAGCUUUAAGUGAAAACAGAGUAAAUUUUAAUAAAUUAUAUGAAAACACGAUGAAAA